GAAGUUGAGUAAAAGAAAAUGUUAAAACUGAUGUGUAGGUAAAAGAAAAUUUUCAUAGACACGGUCAAGGGAAUCUAGAAAAAGGAAAAUUUUUACAGAUAGAAAAUAAAAGUGCGAGUGAGCCUUUAGGAUUGUUUAAAGAUCUCAAUCCUAGCCCUUCGGUUUCUGCCAGAACUUCGUUGCAUCUCGGAUACCACUCGUCACUUGGGGUGGGGGUGCUGAUUUAAAGUUUAGUAAUAUUAGACUAUAAUUGCAAGUUAAUCAAACAUCACCAGAUAGAAACAGGUGUACGACUAAAAUGGAUGGCAAUAAAGAUGAAGCGCAUCGCUGCAUUGACAUAGCGGUGCAAGCCUUUGCCGAGGGUAAAAUGGAAAAAGCAGAAAAAUUCUUGCUGAAAGCGGAAAAACUAUUCCCUACAGAACGUGCUAAAGAACUCUUGUCCAAAGUAAAGGCUGGCGCAACUACUGGGGGAAACAGAAGUAGUACCAGUGGAAACGUAAAUGGCUCGCCACAUCGUAACGGUGCAUCUAAUGGUAAUGGUCCACGUAAACGCAAGAACUCUGACUCACGUCAUGUGGAGCCUGAAUAUACGAAAGAGCAAUUAGAGGCCGUGCGAAAAGUUAAAGGUUGUCGGGAUUAUUAUGAAAUACUAAGUAUUACCAAAGAAGCAACGGAUUCCGAAAUUAAAAAGUCAUAUAAAAAGCUGGCCUUACUACUCCAUCCUGACAAAAAUAAAGCACCCGGCGCUUCUGAUGCUUUCAAAGCAGUUGGAAAUGCUGCAGCUAUUCUCACGGACGCUGAAAAACGUAAACAAUAUGAUUUGUAUGGUAUUAAUGAGACACACUCCAGUGGUCACGGUGUACGCAGAGACAAUUACGAAUAUGCUUAUGCGCGUGGUUUCCAGGCUGAGGUUAGCCCGGAAGAUCUAUUCAAUAUGUUCUUCGGUGGAGGUUUCGCCCAACAGAAUGUUUACAUGCGUCAACAGCGUCGUAGACAGCAGCAUCGCGAUGAUGGCGAAAAUCAAUCAAACUCUUCGGCGCUAAUCAACUUUUUGCCUAUACUGUUAUUGAUCGCAUUAUCGAUGGUAUCCUCAUUUUUCAUAUCGGACCCUAUUUAUAGUUUGUCGCCAUCACACAAAUAUGCUGUGAAACGUGAGACAAACCGUCUGAAAGUACCCUACUAUGUUAAGAACAACUUCCAUUCUGAAUAUCAGGGAUCUGUUGGGCGUUUGGAAGAGUCGGUGGAGGAAGACUAUAUAGAUCACCUAAAGUAUUCUUGUAGUCGCGAACGCAACUACCGUGAUUCUAUGUUGGCCAAGGCUCGUUCAUUUGGCGAUCGCGAUCUCUUCCGCAAAGCGCAAAAUAUUAAUAUGCCUUCUUGUGACAACCUACAAAAUUAUUUAAAUACGUAGUUUAUUUUAACUGCUUAAACGGUGGAUUGUCUUUGUUGUUUUAAUUUCGUUAUUUAAAAAAAUUUUACCCAAAAAUACAAAGCACGUAAGCUCAUAAAAAUUUAACUAUAAUAUUCUACGAAGAUAACGAUGAUAUAUUUACAAAGAAAUAUGUAAUUACAAACACUCUAAAGGAUUUUUAAGCUAAUAUUGCGGUAUUUUUGGUUUUCAUAUCCCUAUGUAGGUGUUAAAGCAUACAUGCAUAUA